AUGGUGUCCCUCAACGAGCACAUGAGCACAACACCGCCUUCUUCCCCCACGGAAACGGUACGAAUGCUUCGGGAGAUCGCGACGACGUGGCCCUCUAGCGGAGGGUCAUUACUUCUCCAAAUCAACGCCAAUACGUCGCACUACAAAAGCUGGUGGGCCAAAGAUCUGGAUCGCGACAAGCCUCUUGACAUUUCUCCUUUCGUCUGCUCUGGGCCGAAUUUCCUCACCGUCACGAACUUAUCGGCGAUGAACGAUUUCGCCUUCGUUCUGGUUGCGUACGUGCCAGAAGGGGAGGAGGUGAAGGCUUUGUUGGAACGUCAGGCACUGUUAGACUUUGUCCGGCAGCAGGGUGACUUGUCGGUCGCGCGAUCGGGAUCUUUAGGUCUUUCACGACUAUGA